GACCAGUUUUCCUUCAGCCAUUUAACAUUCAUCUCGUCUACCUCGUCGUUCUCCCUAUAUUCAUUUUCUUCCGGAUUCAUUGUUUUCUCUGGGCACUCGCUCCGUUGAUUCCUCCAUUUUCCAACCACUCACACUCUCUCAGUUCACCGAUCACCAUGUCUUUUCUCCUCCGAUCAAACAAAUCUAAGCUCUUAUAUUCCUCUUCUUCUCUCUCUAGAGCCUUCUCCUCCAUCCCCCGCUCCAACAACCAGAUCGGAUCCAUCUCUCCCGCCGCCACCGAACUCUUUCACCGCAACUCCGCUACUCUCCCCAUCGCAGAAGAAAACCCUACCAAGGGAUACUCGGUUGGUUUCCCCAAAAAUCCUGAGAGUAAGCUUGGUGCUGAUUCUAAUGUCAUCAAUUCUUUGAGAUGUCAGGCUCUUGGACUGGACACUAAUGUGCUGGCUGGAGCUAGAUAUGGCACUCAAGUUUAUGCAGCCAAGAGUCCAAUGCUAUUGGGAGUCAGAACUCUGAUGGCAAGAAACUUUGUGAGAAGCGUGGCUGCUGACACGCUGGGACUGGCUGGUCAGAGACGUUUUAUGAGUGACAUCCCAAGUAAAACCAGUGAGAUAAAGUCACCUUCCGGUUUUCGCCCGUUAUCUCCUCAUCUUCCUCUUUAUCAGCCCCAGCUUUCUUCAACUCUUUCAAUUUGCAAUAGAAUUGCCGGAGCUUUCCUAGCAGCUGUCACCUUGCUUUUUUAUAUGAUAUACAUGAAAUUGGGUUUGGUUACUCUCACCUAUGAUUCAUUCUACCAGUUUGUAUUCUAUUCAUCAAAACUUCACCUACUCGCAGUUGAGAUUUCUGCCUUAGCCAUGUCCUAUCAUCUGUAUAGUACAAUUCGUCACUUAUUUCUAUGAUAUCAAAGUCAACUGAUAUCUAAGCAGUAUGUUUGAUCCUGAGGUGGAACUUGCUUGCACAUGUCAUCAGACUUCAUCCGUCGAGCACUGUUAAUCUGCUUUAUGUAGUUUUGCUAUUACCAAAAUAAUAAUAACUUAGAAUUUCUUGCUUAAUGCUGAGCAUAACUAUAUUUGUUUUGCAUCUAAGAUUUCAGUGAUGUAUAUUUUUGCAUCCCCUCAAGUUGCAAGUAAUUGUCGUAUUCAAUAAAGCAUUUGAGUUUAGUGACUCAUGAAAUACAUUAUCUCA